CUUGCAAUGUAAAAUCAAGAGCAUUGCAGAUGAACCUCGACGCUCAAAACGCACCAAAACACAGACGGAAAAGGUGCUUGCUUAUCAAAAGGAAGAAGCAAGUAAAAAAGAAAAAAGACUUACCAGUUUGUAUGAACAAUGGAAAAUUCAAGCACGUGAGACAAGAGAAAACCUAAAGUCAAAUAUUUCUGAAACACGCCUGUCAUCAUUCGCAGACAUUUUAGAGAAAAGAAAGGAUGACAUUAUGAAACUCUACACUGAAAUAAGAGAUCAUACGGCUCCAGCAGCUGACCUAAGGCGAAAGAUAGAUGCAUGUGAGGCAGUAACUGGUGACAUUAUCAAAAUCAUAUACGAAAGACUGUCAGGUAUUGAUGGAGAUUUUGAUGCAGAACAUGAAAGAUGUCGACUACGCAGGCUACUCGAUCACAACUAUGCAUACUCCAUUUAUGGCUCUACGGCUGCACAGACAAAUGCCACCAGCCAUUGCCCAUCUUCACACCUUGCAUCCAAACGAGUCGAGGCAGCGGCAGAGUUGGCUGCAAAAGAGGCAGAAUACAGGAUAGUGCAAGAGGAAAGAAAACACAAGGAAAGGAUUAAAGCUCUAGAAGAGCAACACAAGAAAGAACUUGAAAUGGAAAGAUCUGAGCUAGAGCAUCUGCAGGCUGGAAAGGAUAUGGAAGCAGCUCGAGCCAGAUUGGAAGCCUAUGACAGAGAAAUACAAAUGUAUGACGUCCAAUCAGUAAAAGGUGAGCAGGUGAGCCUAAAUCCUGCAUCUCAGCCCCCUGCACCACAUUCAUCUACCACAGUUAUGUUGUCUGCGCCUACUGGUGUCGCUCAACUAGCACAGGCCGUGCAGGACAGCAUUGCAAUGAAUAGACUUCCUAUGCCAGAGCCAACAGUGUUCAGUGGUGAACCGAUUCAAUUUAUUGAAUGGAAAGCUUCCUUCACGUCUCUGAUAGACCAAAAGGGCAUUUCUGCUGCAGAUAAACUGUAUUAUUUAAAGAAGUACGUCAGUGGUCCAGCUCGUAAAUGCCUUGAAGGCACCUUCUUCAGAAAUGAUGAAGCCGCCUACCAAGAUGCUUGGAAAAAACUCAAUCAACGAUACGGUCAGGCAUUUGUUAUUCAAAGAGCCUUUAGAGAAAAACUGUCAAGCUGGCCAAAAAUACAGUCUAAGGAUGCUGAAGGACUAAGAAACUUUGCAGACUUCUUACAUGCUUGCCUGCUAGCGAUGCCUCAUGUAAAAGGGCUGGAAAUAUUAAACGAUUGUGAGGAAAAUCAAAAACUAACACAGAAGUUGCCUGACUGGGCAGCAGCCAGAUGGAACCGCCAGGUGACAAAGGCCCUGAUGGAAGGAAAAGAUUUUCCUAGCUUCAUGGAUUUUGCUGCAUUUCUGAUGCAGGAAGCAGAAGUUGCAUGCAAUCCCAUCACCUCCAUACAUGCACUUCGUUCUUCUGAGGUACGCAGUGACAAAGAGAACCUAAAGGACUUUAAAAGGAAUAAAGCAAGUGUCUUCAAUACAAAGGUUGUGCACAGUGACCAGCACACGUCGAGCAGAGCACACAUGGGAUCUCUGUGCAUGUUGUGUGAAGACGCACAUCAGCUUCACAAGUGCCCAGCCCUCAUGAAAAGGUCGCUGGAAAGUAGAAGGACAUAUGUCAAAGACAAUAAACUGUGUUAUGGCUGUUUAAAACAAGGUCACAGUGCAAAGGACUGCAGACACCGCCUCACCUGUGACAUCUGCAUGAAAAGGCACCCGACGUGUCUUCAUGAUGACAACUACAUCAAAUAUGUGAAAGGAGAAAGACAUGUGAGUAUGGAUAGUGCCACACAAAACAACACAGUGGAAACUGCUGCUGUUAUGUCACUUAAUGUUGCCAGAGGAGAACAUUCUGGUAGUACUUCAAUGAUUCUUCCAGUGUGGGUGUCAUCUGUUGCAAACCCAUAUAAAGAAAAACUUGUCUAUGCUUUGUUGGACACUCAGAGUGACACCACAUUCAUCGAUCAAGAAGUGAGUCGUGAACUACAAGUGGAUAGCUGUCCAGUGAAACUAAAACUAACCACCAUGAUGGGAGAAAAUGCUGUUGUAAAUAGUGAAAAGGUAUCUGGUCUCCGUGUGAGGGGUUACAGCUCUGCAACACACAUUCCCCUCCCUGCUGCAUACACAAAGGACUAUAUACCUGCAAACAUGGAACAUAUACCAACCUGUAAGACAGCUAAACGCUGGAGCCAUCUGUCACCAAUCAAAGAUGAAGUCCCACUGCUUCUCAGCUGUGAAGUAGGUCUCUUGAUUGGGUAUAACUGUUCCAGAGCCUUAGCACCUAGACAGACGAUCCUAGGCAAAAAUGAUGAGCCUUAUGCUGUUCAGACUGAGUUGGGAUGGAGCAUAGUUUGCAGUUCAGCACCUUGCCUCGAAACAAGUCUGAUAGACAGCCUUUGCCAUCGUGUUGCUGUAAAAGAGAUUCCUCCAGCAACUCCCAUGGAUGUAAUUCGAGCAUUAGAAAGUGACUUCAAAGAAGUAAGUGGAAAUGACAAAACAGUGUCUCAAGAGGAUCUCAUCUUCCUUGACAAACUUGAAGCAGGCAUACGGAAAAAUGAACAAGGACAGUAUGAGAUGCCACUGCCCUUUAAAGGAAGGCCCUACAUGCCUGAUAACAGACAGCUUGCAGAAGUCAGACUCAACCACCUGAAAAGGAAAUUUUGCAGAAAUGAAAGAUACAAGGAAGAUUAUGUCAGAUACAUGAGUGACAUCAUCGAAAGAGGUGAUGUAGAGGAAGUUCAGGAUGAUGGAAUUCCUGGUGAGAAAUGGUACAUCCCACAUCACGGCAUCUACCAUCCAAAGAAACCAGAAAAACUGCGCGUAGUUUUUGACUGUUCAGCCAAGCAUAAAGGAACCAGUCUCAAUGAGCACCUUCUGUCUGGACCAGACAUGAUAAAUAACCUAACUGGCAUCCUUGUACGCUUCCGACAACAUCCAAUAGCUCUGAUGUGUGACAUAGAAAAAAUGUUUCAUCAGUUUAAAGUCCAAAAUAAGGAUCGUAACUACCUCCACUUCUUAUGGUGGAACAAUGGAGACUUAAGUACACAACCACAAGAGUACAGGAUGACGGUACAUCUCUUUGGUGCAGUGUCUUCCCCAGGAUGUGCAAACUAUGGAUUAAAACAUUUGGCUCAAGAGAACAGGCUUGCAUAUCCAUUAGGUGCACACUUCAUCGCCAGAGACUUUUAUGUGGAUGAUGGUGUCACCAGCACAGAGACAGUGGAAAAGGGCAUACAGCUGACACAAGAGGCACGUGAACUGUGUGCUAAAGGUGGUCUGAGACUCCACAAGUUUGCAUCAAACAACAGCAUCAUUUUAGACAACAUACCAGCAUCAGAGCAUGCGACAGACAGCACAACAAGGAACCUUGCUUUCUGUGAGAAGCAAAUUGAAAGAGCACUAGGUAUUCACUGGAACAUUAAAAUAGACUGUUUUACAUUCAAUAUUACACUGAAAGACCAACCUCCCUCACGACGUGGAAUAUUAUCCACAGUUGCAUCCAUAUACGAUCCCCUUGGUUUUGUCGCCCCCUAUCUUCUCAGUGGGAAAAGAAUCCUGCAAGAAAUGUGUCACCAUGGUACUGGUUGGGAUGAGCCUGUAUCCGAGCAUCUGAGGCCAAGGUGGGAGCAUUGGAGAAAGGAUCUCAUCAAUCUGGAGAAAAUACAGAUUGCCAGAUGUUAUUUGCCUCACAACUUUGGAGAAGUGGUAAAAAGGGAACUGCAUCAUUUCUCGGAUGCGAGCACUGCUGGGUAUGGACAGUGUACUUAUCUGAGACUUGUGAACAAAAAUGGAGAAGUGCACUGUGCUUUCAUCAUAGGUAAAUCCCGCGUGGCUCCCACCAAGGUAACCACUAUUCCAAGACUAGAACUGACGGCAGCAGUAGUUGCAGUAGCAGUGAGUGACAUGCUCAAAGAGGAGCUAGUUUAUGGUGAUGUGGAAGAGUUCUUUUGGACAGACUCUAAAGUAGUCCUAGGAUACCUAAACAAUGAAGCAAGACGUUUUCACACGUUUGUUGCGAACAGGGUACAGAAGAUUCGCAACAGCACAAGGCCUGAGCAAUGGUUUUAUGUUUCCACCAAUGAAAACCCUGCAGAUAACGCAUCCAGGGGAACGACAGUGGAUCAACUGCUGUCAUCCAAUUGGCUCAUCGGUCCUCAGUUCCUGUGGGAAAGAGAAAUUCAUCCUCCAGCAAGAGAGACCAUGGAACUUCCAAUCGGGGACCCAGAAGUUAAAAAGGUUCAAACACUGCAAACAGUGACUGGAAAGGUGAGCCUUACUGACCGCCUGGUAAAGUUUUCAUCAUGGUCUCAGGCUGUUAGUGCUGUGGCACGUCUCAGCCGGAGACUGCUAAAGGACAAGUCCAAUGCUCACUCUAGUGUGAGUGAAAGAGAAAAUGCAGCGCUCAUAAUCAUCAAAGAUCUGCAAAAACAAGCAUAUCAGGAAGAAAUAAAGACACUAAGUAAAGAGAAUCAGCUACCAAGGAACAAGUUAUAUCAUCUUGAUGUCUUUUUAGACAGAGAUGGUGUGCUCAAGGUAGGAGGAAGAUUGCGUUGUUCAAAUCUUCCCAGCUCAUGCAAGCAUCCAACAGUCAUUCCCAGAGAGCAUCAUAUCACAAAACUGAUAAUUGCACAUUGCCAUGAAAGGGUUAAACACCAGGGUAAGGGCUUCACCAUUAAUGAAAUCCGAUCCAGUGGCUAUUGGAUUCCAGGACUAAGUCGGUGUGUUACAUCCUACGUUCGCCAGUGUGUAGUUUGUUGGAAACUAAGGAGACCUGUAGAAGGACAGAAAAUGAGUGAUCUUCCAAGAGAAAGGAUGGAACCUUCUCCACCUUUUACAUACUGUGGCAUGGAUUGUUUUGGUCCAUUCCUGACUAAACAAGGACGAAAAGAACACAAGAGAUAUGGCCUGCUCUUUACAUGCUUUUAUUCUCGUGCCAUUCAUGUUGAGAUGGUAGAGGAUUUGUCAACAGAUGCUUUCAUUAAUGGUCUACGCUGCUUUAUUGCAUUAAGAGGUUCAGUUAGAGAAAUUAAAUGUGAUCAGGGUACCAAUUUUGUUGGUGCCAAAAAUGAACUGAAUGCAGCACUCCAGGAAGUUGAUGCUGAGAGACUAGCAACCUUCCUUGCAAAAAAACAAUGUGAUUUUGUCUUUAAUGCACCUCAUGCAAGUCAUGCUGGUGGAGUAUGGGAGCGACAAAUAAGGACUGUAAGAAAUGUUCUCAAGUCUACACUCUCACUUUCCCCUGGUAGACUCAACGACGCCUCCCUAAGGACAUUAUUGUAUGAGGUUGCUGCAAUCGUGAACAGCCGCCCUCUUACAACAGAUAACUUAGACGAUCCAAACAGUUUGGAACCACUCACUCCUAAUCACCUCAUCACCAUGAAAGCCACCACUGCAUUACCUGUCCCAGGCAAGUUUGUGAGAGAGGAUCUAUAUGGACAAAAAAGAUGGCGCCAAGUGCAAUAUCUAGCCGAACAGUUUUGGAGUCGUUGGAGGAAGGAGUAUCUCCAUAACAUCACAACCAGACAACGAUGGCACACACCUAAGAGAAACAUUCGAGCAGGUGACAUCGUGAUGGACACGGAUGAAACACAGCCAAGAUCUGUGUGGAGACUAGGAAGAGUCUCAGAGACAGUGAUGGAUAAAGAUGGACUUGUCAGGAGAGCUAUGAUAUUUCUUGGUGAUAGAAAUCUGAACAAAAGAGGUGAACGUACAAGUAAAGCAUCUGUGGUAGAACGCCCAGUUCAUAAGUUAGUUCUGCAACUAGAAGCCCCUUAAGUGUAAGAGCAAUGGAGAAACUGAAGGUGCUGACAUACAUGUGCUCUACAAAGGGUCAUUUCAUGUUCAGAAAUUAUUUGUGUUUUAAGUUGACUUGUAGGUAAAACACUUAAUAAUUUGGUGGGAGUGUAAAGGACUUAAAUUCAUUAUGGUUAAAACGUGUGGAAUUUUAUUUUGAAAUGUACUUCUUGUGUUUUAUGUUGUCAUUUCCUGUUAUAAAGGAAGUUUAUUGUGAAAGGUCACUUAGCAUGCGCAGCCAGCUACAAAAGUAAACGGUACACGGUAAUGACGGUAAGAGGCACAGAGAGAGUAACGAGUGAUACAAAAAGGCAACCAUAAACGGGAGAGUAAGGUGUAACAAGGAAUUUAGCUCCAGUUGAAAGUGGCAACAAGCUCUUAGGUUGGUCCUAUGUUGAGCUACGUUGGUCUAAGUUGGACUUGCAAACUGCAGCCUGGUUUAUGACCUGCAAUAAAAGACAUUUGACCAUCAGUCCUGGCUUUCACUAAUUUCGACUGGUACGCUACACAUGAUGCUCCUAAAUCAGUCAUUAGAAUCAUGUGUUUUUUGAGAAAACAUUCUUUAGCAUGAAUUAUGAUGAUUUCAACUGUUAAAAUCAACCAUUAUUUAUGUCUGUGUGAACCCUCUGAACCACUAUGUCUUUUAUGCUGUCCAUAAACAUUGAAAACCACAGUACUUUUUAAAAAUAAUUUGUUAAUUUCUAUUUUCAGUUUUGCUGAGAGCAUUAAGGGCGAGAAAGAAAUUGAGUCAGCCGAGAACCUGGAAAGGCAUCAUUUUGAGAUUGCUAAAGCGCUGCUGCUAAUGACUGGUAUGCUCACGAAUGUUUUGGAAAAUCCUCAAAUUUUCGAAUGAAUUUUGUUACAGGAAAGUAAAUUUGAAAGGCUGACACAAAAUAAAAUCAUAGCUAAUCUAUUGAAAUGUAACUGAGACAACAACAAUAAUAACAAUAAUAAUGAUAAUAAUAAUAAAUGACUCUAUACAUAAGUAUAUGCAUAUAUACAUAGUUUGGUACCACAUCUUGCAUUCUUUGGAGAGUCAAAUUUUAAAUGAGAUAGAAAGUUUUCUCAGUGAACAAUUAUUUCAUUGACAUGUACAAAAAUGAUGGAAUAUGAAAAAUUUUUGGCGAUUACACUAUGUCCUGACGUCCUCCAAUGAGUGAAGCUGUGAGUAGCAUAGGAUCUCCUCCGAUGGCAUUUAUGGACUGGUAGUGCGGAUAUACGGACAAGGAGGAGAAUCCUGUUUACAGUUCAGUUACAGGUAAACUUUGAUCUAUUCUAUAUUCAUUACAUGUGAAGUGAAAUAUUUCGAGCCUUGUUUGUACUGUGUAUCUCUCGGUCUAAUUUGGUACACUCAACCACAGUCAUGGGGAAAACUGACAUUAGUGUUGUCCAGAGGAUAGACCACAGAAGAUCAUUGCUGAAAAGGCUGGCCGUUGGCAAUGUUUAAUGAAAAAUGUCACAGUGGUCUGGGAGCCCAGACGCAGACACAGACCAGGCAGAGACAGAUGAGGGCUUCAAGGGUUUAUUAAUUAACAUGAAACUGAAACCAAAACAGGAGAACCCACACAUGCACAGUGAGAACAUACAAACAGAAAGAUCCUGGGAAGGCCAGGAAGCAAACCAGGAAUCUUCUAGCGGCAAGGCAAAAGUGCUCACCACUAUGCCACUGUGCAGCCCUAAAGAGAAACAUAGUAACCAAUAUUCCCUGUUGCAGUAAACUCCUUUAACCAGCAGGGGUCAUCCUCUAGUUAUGCUGAUAUGAGAAACAUUUUUAAUCCUUAGAACUUGUACAUAACAUUACGAAGCCCUGUACAAAAGUCUCUUGUAAAUGUUGCCUUUGUAAAAGCUAUUGUGCAUAUCAGGGGGCUGGAAACAGCGUAUGAGGCCCUGCCUCCUUCCUGAUAUCCAAUAUGAGCACAGUAGAGUCAGCUGGACUUCUCUUCUUGAAGAUAUUUCACCUUCAUCCAAGAGGGAUCUCCAGCUCAAACUGACUAAUGGGAAGUUAUAGAAUUUAUAGUCACUCCAGCUCACAUGGCCCAUUAAUGACCAGCACUCACAUGCCUCAAGGGGUGAAUGAUGUGAAACCAGGAGAUCCAGCAACAACAACAGCAACUGUGGUAGAGCUGCCAGUUUUCUAAACAAAAAUUAUAAAUCUGCCAUGUGAGGAGUGACUUAAGAUGUUAAUGAUGGCAAAACUCUCUGGGGAGAGAUCUAAUCACUGCAUCACAGGUGUUUGAUAAGUCAUGUCGCAGACCGCCUUCUCUGUUUAGAGAUGGCUGUUCCAAUUUGGCAUAGAUGGCUUCCUUCACUCCUCUCUGAAACCAUCUGUCCUCGCUGUCCAAAAUGUGUACAUCGCAGUACUCAAACGAAUGUCUCUUAUCCUUCAGAUGCAGGUGAACUGCUGAGUCUUGUCCUGAGGAGCUGGAACAUAACAUCCUGGUGCACUUUCGACCCAGCAACACCCUAAGACAAAAACUAAUUCACCCUAAGGAUAAAAAACCAAAACAUAGAGCAAUGUUGUGUGUGCAGUCCAAUGCAGCUAAGAGUUCACAGACUUGUACAAACAGGAGACAAAACAACAGCUUCACAAUGCUCAACACAAGAGAGCCAGCCUAAAAACAGUUGGCAAAAUUUCCUGAUAGAAGACUUCGGUCUCAGAAUGUGUCCAUACAGUACUUGUGCUUCCUAAAGUUUCCAAAAGUUUAAUGGAAGACAAAAUUUUACCUUUCAUUGCAGUUCAAAUUCAACUUUUUUAAUACAACCAAGGCCGGAGUGGGACUCAUUUUCAGCCCUGGAGUUUCAUGCUUCAGACCGGCCCACUUUAGAUCACAACCUAUUAUUACUAUAAUCAUGUAACUAUAACCUUACAUGUUAAGUCUACAAUAAUGCACUGUUCUGUAAAGCCUUGUAAUUCAGUGUAUUUUCAGUGUAAUAUUUCCAAUUCAGAGCAAGUAAGGGUUGCUUCACAAUGUGGAUUUAUUUCAACAUAAGUGCACAUCUCCAACAUUAUUCUUUACAACACAUCCUUUUCAACAAUAUUAGAAUCUAUAUUCUGUUCAAAUAAGUGUUCACAGAUAACCAAACCAUAGAAAUGAAAUAAAAGAAUAAAUAAAAAUAUUAAAUUUCAAAAAUAACAAAUAAAAUAAAUAGUGUUGCACUUUCUAAUAACACUAUCAUCUCGUUUCCUCUGCAAGAAAACAGUUCCAUCACAACUUAGAUUUCACAAAUAUGAGAAUAUCAGUUAAAGGGCAAAUCUCCAAGACUAUUCUUUACAACACCAGAAUGUAUGUGUGUGUAUCCUGUGACUGAGGGCAAGCAAAGUAAUGAAAACUACACUCUAUGUCAGGCUGGCUGCUGCCAGGCCUAGAUAGUGCUCUCUCCCUCUUUUCUCCGCCUCUUUUUCCUUUUUAGGUUUGUCAGCAGUGCAGCUGCAGCGGCAGGUGUCUCUCAUUGACAAUCAUCAUUAGCUGGUGCAGGAGCAGGUGGAGAAGUUGCCAAUCAAGCUCCACUCUCGCCACAAUAUAAUCAGACGCCACUCACCUCUCAGCGCCGGAUCGUGAUACAGCCAUCCCGGUUCCACCUGCUUCAAUUCUUCCUGGUUUCCUCGUGCUCCAUUCAAGUGUUCUGGAAAUACUCACCUGUGCCGUCCUCCUCCUUCCUGGCAUCCUUCCACAUUCACCUGCCGCUGCAACUCAUCACUCGUCAUCCGGACUCAAAAACCACUUGUCAAGAUCCUUCUGCCACUUACAGUCAUGAGCCCAGUCCGAGCAUCUUAUUUUGUAUUCGUGAGUCAGUCCUAGAAAACUGUAUUUUGCUUGUUAUUUGAGUAGCAACUCUUGAAUUUUUGUACCGGGCCAAGUUAUAAUCUAGAGUCUUAAAUUUAGUAAGUAUAGAGUCCUGAUUUAAUACCUAGCUUCUAGUUUGUUUUUCGUGAAUUGAAGAUUUUGAAUUUGGUUCUGUUCCUGGAGUUAGUCUUGGUAAUUAUAGACUUUAAUUCAGGCCUCCUAGUUGAUGCCUCGCUUUAAGUAAAACCCUUUUGUAUUUUCAUACCUCAGACUGGUAAAGCUUUCUUGCCUGGGUUAUACCCAACGUGAGUCAAUAUUUUUGAGUUUUUGUAUUCAGCUGUCCCUGCCUCAAGUAGUUGCCAGGAGAUUUUCAGAGGGCUUUCAUUUCUUUUCGGUUUGUAGUAUCUCAAGUAGAAUACAUAAGUUUCUGUCUUUAAACCCUUUUUUCGAGACUUUGUAAAUAAACUUCCUUUUUGCAUUUAAA